AUGCUUCUCGUUCCCAUGAAUGUUGCAGCAGAAAAGUUUCGCGUUAUGACCUUCAAUACGUGGAAUUCGGGAUCACAUGUUCGAGAUGGACUUCAAAAAAUCGCAAAACAUAUAGCUCUCGUGAACCCGGACAUAGUAGCACUGCAAGAAGUGCAAAAACAGGAUGACUUACCAACAUUGUUGGACUACUUGGGCAAACCUUGGACGGGAGUAGCAAGGGAUGCCACAUAUCCGGAUUUGGCUAUCGUUUGCAGGCACGAGAUGUCCUUGCACACGCAGAUAAGCACAAAUCGGUCAAUAGGUGUAAGAAUUGCAUUAUCGUCAGGCAACUUUGUCAACUUCGUGUCCGUUCACUUUGAAUACAAAUCCUUUGGACCAUAUGCUGCUAAUAACAAAAUGGUGACCAUGUUGAAUCAAAUACUUGUUGGAGAAAGACCAGUCACAAAAAAAGGUAGAGCUCAAAAUAUGGAGGAAGUUCUACAGCAUCCUGAAAUUAGCAAAUGGUUGAAUAAUAGCGAUUUAGUGCCCUUUGUAUUAGCGGGCGAUUUUAAUUCGCCUUCUCACUUGGACUGGAUCAAUGAAACAAGAGAAGAACAUGGUGGAUGGGUGAUAGACUGGCCAGCAACGAAAAUUGCAGAGGAGGCUGGAUUGAUGGAUUCAUUCCGUAUUUUACAUCCCAGUGUUUUAGAUGAACCAGGAAAUACAUGGUCAACUGUAAAUAAGUUUAUGGCUGAAUGGGAGUUUCAGAUUCCGGAACCUCAGGACCGAAUAGAUUACAUACUCUACAAAGGCAACAUCUUCCCCAUAGAGACUAUUUUGUACUCUGGCAGAGAAAGUCUCAAGCCAAUGCCGGAUCAUCGAGAAAACGACUAUCCCUCAGAUCAUUACACCCUUAUAACUGAUUUUGAGUUUACGUAUUCAGAACGUUGUAGUAUAUGCUCAUGA